ACACCAAUAUUUGGGAGUCGACUGAGGGCAUGGAGCUGUCAAAGGAUUCAGAGAAAGAGCAUCUGAUUGAGGCUCAGCUGGAGCCUCGUACAUGGACGGGGCCUCCAGGGGGACAGUUUUCAGAUUCAGAGUCCAGUGAAGAUGCCUCCAGUGUGGACGGUCUGUGGCAGCCUGAGUGGAGCUGCCAGGAGACGGACGUGUUGUCUGGACCCGAAAGUGACGUGAGGCGUCGGGCCAGGAGGAAACUCUUCAUCGCCUGUGCUGUCAGCCUCGUGUUCAUGACCGGAGAGGUGAUUGGUGGAUACGCCGCCCACAGUCUGGCCAUCAUGACGGACGCGGCUCAUCUCCUCACGGACUUCGGCAGCAUCGUGAUCAGCCUCUUCUCCCUGUGGGUCUCGUCCAGGCCCCCGACACAAACCGUGACCUUCGGGUGGCAUCGAGCAGAGAUUCUAGGUAUGUUCCUGUCCGUUGUGUCCAUCUGGGCCGUGACCGCAGUGCUCGUCUUGUCGGCCAUCCAGAGGAUCACAGAUGGAGACUAUGACAUCGACAGUCAGAUCAUGCUCAUAACCUCAGCCUGUGCGGUCGGGGUCAACGUGCUGAUGGUCCUGAUCCUGCAUCAGUCGGGCGCCUCUCACGGCCACAGCCACGGGUUUCCCACCUCCAGGGAAAACAACCGGCCUCAGGGGGGCGGACACACUCACGGUAACGCCAGCGUGAAGGCCGCCUUCAUCCACGUGGUGGGAGAUCUGCUGCAGAGCGUCGGCGUCCUGCUGGCUGCAGCAAUCAUCCACUUCUGGCCUGAAUAUAAAGUCGCGGAUCCUAUUUGCACGUUCCUGUUCUCGUUUCUCGUUGUCGGGACGACGAUUCCCGUCACAAAGGAUGUUUUCAGGAUCCUGAUGGAAGGUUCUCCUCAGGGCGUGAGCUUCAGCGCCGUCAGGGAGCGGCUGCUGUCGGUCAGAGGAGUCGUCGGCGUUCACAGUCUGCGCAUGUGGAGCCUCAACCUGAACCGUUCUCUGCUCUCGGUCCACGUCGCCGCAGAGGAAGACGCUGAUUUGCAGAUCAUCCUCACCAGAGCCACGAAGCUCCUGCGCUCCGAGUUCAGCUUCUCCAGCGUCACCGUUCAAGUGGAGUCCUACAGGAUUUCUGUCGACAGCAGAGAGACUCUGACAUGAGACGCGACUCUUUGUUAAACCGAAACGGUUUUGUUUAAACUUCAGGAGUCCGUGAUGCCAUUUUUUUUCUGCAGCUCCGAAGACGUCGCGCUUCUAUACGGCGGCACCUUCUCCUUUUUAGAAUCUAAAAGUAUUUAUUACUCUCGCCAAUGCUGUCGUCCCGUUUUGGUUUAUUUUAUUUAUGGUCACAUCUCCGUGAAAUACCGGGGAACUUGACUUUCCAACCAGUUUAACCGAUUCUGAUUUGGGAUUCCAACUUAACCGUUUACACAGACGCUAAACAUCUUAUGAAAUACGUGCAUGCCCCCGAAAUACAUCCUCCUGGAAACCUGUCACCUGAUGUUUAACUGAGCAAACAUGCACAAGAAGAAAGGAUUUAUUCUUAUUUAGUCUAUAAAUGACCAUUUUUUUUACAAUUAUUUUAAACAAUCUAAAAGUUUCUUCCCGACAGAUCAUAUUCAUGAAUAUUAAGACCUCGUCUGACGACGGCAUCCGUGUCUCUGCACAUAUCUUCAUCUGCACCUUGAAAUAAACAGCCUGCGUGAACAUUUCAGCUCU